UGCGUGAUGAUACCACCUCACGCCGGGUGAUGGAGCCAGCAGGAGAAUCUAGAAGUCUCGUGCCGCCGCGUACAGAGGGGGCGGUUCGAAGCUGGACUACAUCUAUGUCUGCGGCGCCAGGUGCGCUCAGACCUGUGGCACACGCACGAACGCUGCCAGAUGUUUCUCCGCUCAGCCACAACUGGGUGGAUCUCAGCUGCGUGACCAGUGGACCGGUGGACGUCACGUUUCCAGCCGCCUGCAUGCGCGCAGGUAUGAGGGAUUCUCCCGGACGCGCCGCGUUUCAGACGCUCCAAGCGCCGCUGCGCACGGAGGCAGACGUUCCGCCCGUGUUUUGAUCAUACUGCGUGGACUCGGCCGGCUCUGGAGGGAGGCAGCGAUGGGAGAGACUUGAUUGUCUCGUUUUCCAACCGCCGUCAACUCAACUGCGCUCUACGCACAAGAAGAAGCGCUCGGGAUUAUUAUUAUCAUUAAUAACGCGCGCACAGCCAGGAAGGAAGCUCCAGGUACGAACAGACCUCAGCAUCAGGUGAAAAUCUGCCCCAGUAAAUGUGAAGAGGAUGAGAUUCCCAGCAGGGAGCUCCUGGGGUCGCCUCCAGUUUAUUUAACGUUCUAAGAACAAAAAAAAAAUAAAAAAAAAAAAAAAUAAUAUAUAUAUAUAUAUAUAUAUAUAUAUAAAAUAAAAAUAUUUUAAAUAAGACUUGACUCUCUGACAGAGCGACCAUGUCCAGGACACUGAAGAAGAAGAAACACUGGUCCCAUAAGGUGGUGGAGUGCGCCGUGUCCUGGGGGAACCUGGGGGACUUUGGCUCGGUGGUGGAGAUCCUGGGGGGAGCGGAGGUGGGCCAGUUCCCCUACAUCGGCCAGAUGAAGCUGGACGUGCUGGUGUGUCACGUCGGGAAGUUGCCCUACUAUGGAGACGUCUUGCUGGAGGUCAACGGCACGCCCGUCAGUGGACUUACAAACCGCGACACCCUGGCUGUCAUCAGACAUUUUCGGGAGCCGGUUCGCUUGAAGACUGUCAAACCAGGUAAAGUGUUGAACACGGACCUGCGCCACUACCUCAGUCUGCAGUUUCAGAAGGGCUCUCUGGACCACAAACUCCAGCAGAUCAUCCGGGACAACCUCUACCUACGUACCAUUCCCUGCACCACACGGCGUCCUCGAGAUGGUGAAGUGCCUGGUGUGGAUUACAACUUCAUCAGCGUUGGUGACUUCAGGAUCCUGGAAGAGAGUGGACUUCUGCUGGAGAGUGGGACCUAUGAUGAGCACAAAGAGUGGCAGAAAGCAGUGCCCAGCUACAACCAGUCCAGCAGCACCAUGGACUUUCGCACAUGGAGCUCUCUUCCUCGUGAUGACAGCCUGGAGCCUCUGCCUCUCAACUGGGAGAUGGCUUACACCGAGACGGGCAUGGUCUACUUCAUAGAUCACAAUACCAAGACAACCACAUGGCUGGACCCCCGCUUGGCGAAGAAGGCGAAGCCCCCAGAGAACUGUGAGGAUGGAGAGUUACCAUACGGCUGGGAGGAAAUUGAUGACCCACAAUACGGAACGUAUUAUGUGGACCACAUCAACCAGAGAACCCAGUUUGAGAACCCUGUCCUGGAGGCAAAGAAGAAGCUCAACCAGGAAAUGUCUGUGAUCCAACAAGCUGCAGCUGCACCCUCUCAAGGCAAACGAGGGUCACUGGGCUUCACUGCCGACCCCAGUCAGCUGAAGGGAGAGCUGUACCACACUGCUCUGAAAAAAAGCUCCCAAGGUUUUGGAUUUACUAUCAUAGGAGGUGACCGCACAGACGAGUUCCUGCAGGUGAAGAAUGUGCUCAGCGACGGCCCUGCUGCCCAAGACAACAAGAUGGCGUCCGGUGAUGUGAUUGUUGAAAUUAACGGGAAAUGUGUGCUUGGGAAGACUCAUCCGGAGGUGGUGAAGAUGUUUCAAUCUAUUCCCAUCAACCAGUAUGCAGACUUGGUUCUUUGCCGUGGGUACCCACUUCCCCCUGAUGUGGAUGUAGACAGCGAUGACCCGCUUCCCCCUCCUCCCCCUCCCCCAGCCUCUCAGCCACAGCAGGCCCUGCAUGGUGGAGAAGUGGUAACAGCUGUUCCUCUCAUCAAUGGACAGCCACUGCUGGUGAAAGGUAAUGUCCUCCAUGGCUCCUCACAAGAGCUCCACUAUGUUACUACCGAUGCCAGUGGCAGGCCUGUUGUGGCGGCCUUGCCCAAUGGGAGGCAGCCCGAGAGAGGCGAGGGGGUCUCAGGAAUGCUUCAGCCAGAGCUGGUAAGUGUGCCGCUAGUCAAGGGACCUGGAGGAUUUGGGUUUGCCAUUGCUGACUGCCCCCUUGGCCAGAAAGUGAAGAUGAUCCUGGAUGCCCAGUGGUGCCGUGGACUACAAAAAGGAGAUGUAAUUAAGGAGAUCAACAGGCAAAAUGUCCAAACGCUUAGCCAUGCACAAGUGGUGGACAUCCUUAAAGACUUUCCAGUUGGCAGUGAGGUCAAUCUGCUUGUUCUGAGAGGAGGUCAGACAUCCCCCGUGAAGACAUUAAAGCCUAGACAAGAAAUGACGGCCAGCACAGAGACGCUGGACGCAACCACAGACGCGACGCCCCAGGCCUUACCUUACCACUCCAGCACCAACACCAUGCACUCCUCCGACUCCCCGAAACGAGACACCACUGAUAUGUACCUGAAGUCGAAAGCCCUCCUGGAGAGCAGACAACCUCACACCAAAGACAUUGAUGUUUUUCUGAAGAGAGACAUUGAAACAGGCUUCGGCUUCCGUGUUUUGGGAGGAGAAGGUCCUCAGCAGCCAAAUGUAUUUCCCCAGGUGUACAUCGGGGCCAUUGUGCCCAGCGGAGCUGCAGAGAAGGACGGUCGUCUCAGAGCAGGAGAUGAGCUGAUCGGCAUAGACGGCGUGAUAGUCAAAGGUCGCUCUCACAAGCAGGUCCUGGACCUGAUGACCAAUGCUGCCCGUAACGGGCAAGUUAUGCUGACUGUUCGUCGGAAGGUCAUCUAUAGAGAUCUAACAGAUGAAGAUUCUCAAGAAAUGGCUCCUGUGCUUGUGAACGGUUCUCCCAAACUACCUCACCUGCCGAUGCCCAGCGCACUGGACCACGAGUCUUUUGACAUCACGCUCCACCGCAGGGAGAACGAGGGCUUUGGCUUUGUUAUCCUCACAUCCAAAAGCAAACCGCCAUAUGGUGUUAUCCCUCACAAAAUUGGCCGAAUCAUUGAAGGCAGUCCCACUGACCGCUGCGGCCUGCUGCACGUUGGAGACCGUAUCUCUGCGGUCAAUGGCCGCUCCAUCAUUGAGCUCUCUCACAGUGACAUUGUUCAGCUCAUCAAGGAUGCCGGGACUGUCGUCACCCUGACUGUGGUUCCUGAGGACGAGUACAAGGGCCCUCCAUCUGGAGCAAGUUCAGCUAAACAGAGUCCAGCUCUUCAACAUAGAGCUGUGGGGCUAAGGUCAGCACUUCAAGAUGAACGGUAAUGUAGGUCAGAGCAUCCCUUUCUGCAUCAGCGACCACAC